AUGAGCAAUUUGUAUAAGGAGACUGAGACACAUAAGAUAUUAGUGAGUAAAGUUAGUGGAAUACUACCUGUACUCCUGCAACUUAAGAGAUUUGAACAUAUUAGUGAAGUAACUGUUACAAAAGUGGUUGAAGAAAUUGCUUCAUACAGAGGGAGCAAUACACAAAAGAAGAUAGAAGACUACUUAAACCUACAUUAUCCAAGGAUUGGUUCACCAACACUGGAAGACUAUAAUAGUGAAGCAUCUGAUAUACCUGCUGAAAAAACGUUAGUUAAAAUGGCUGAAACAAGCAUAUAUAUUGAAAAGGUUACUGAGUUUGACCAUUACAACUCAGACACAAAGACAUUUGAUGAUUUUAUCUGGAAGAUUGACACAGCAUUUGAACUUGACCGAGUGGAUGAUGGAGAUGAUCAUCGCAAGAUACGCAUCUUAUAUAUGAAACUAAAGGAUUCAACAAAAAGAAUUGCUGCAAGACCAGGCAAUCAAUCAUACCAAGAAUAUGUUGAACCAUUUCGUGAGAUAUUCUCUACACUCGUCAAUUCAAUGACAGCGGUUGAACGAUAUAGCUUAUACCAAAUCGACAUGGACAAUCAAAUAGAAAGUUUGAAGCAACUAGAAAAACUACAUGAGUUAGCUACAAGUCACCUAGAUAUACCGCAACAAAUUGGAUCUCUAAAGCUGAAGUUGAGUGACACAUAUGCUGCUAACUUUAACCUAUGGGUUAAGAUAAGAGACUUCUCUGGUAAUACACCAAACGAACUUAUACUGGAAGUAAUAGUUUUCAUCAAAUCAAGACAAGAGCGACUGAACAUACUGAAAGCUGCUAAGAAGAAAGCCAAAAGUAAUACCGAUCCAAAAUUACGAAAACCUGCCAUCAAAUGCUAA